AUGUCGAUAGACAAAAGAAACCGUUGGCAACUGAUUGAACUUCUGAAGAAAUACAGUCAAUCAACACAGAACAUCAACAAAAAAGUGACGCGUCGUGAUUAUCACUUCUACAUGUACAAUGGCUAUUCAUGGCAUCUACCCCAUCCUCCAAAACCAACUAAGCAUUUCAGCUUUCCACGACCAGAUUUUGUCUAUCAACCUUAUGUGAACUUUGUCAAAGUCAAUCAAGACAUCUUCAAACUCGCUCUUCAACAUGGAUCCGAGUACUUCAGAGACAAAUCUAUCUUACUACAAUUACUCGAUGUUGGCGCAGCAGAUCUCACGGUCACUGUCAUCUAUUUCAUGGAGGGAUCACGGCAUUGGUUUCCAAAUGAUUGGCACAAUGCACAAAGACAUGCACAUGGAGGUUACUUCGCUGAUUACCAUAUGCUUUGCACAGGUGAAUAUUGUCCUUUUGGACCGAAAAUCCGUGGAUUGACAGAAAUAGACUCAAGAAUUGAUCAAGUAUUAUUUCUGAACACAUCUAGUGAGCGACAAGGACGAAUGGGUUGCUGUUCUAAUGUUGCCUGGAGAUGUCCAACAAGUGCGAAGCGACACAGCUACAAAGAAGGUCGACAUCGCAUCAAAAGUCAACGUCGGCAAGGAAAUCGGUUAACAAAAGAAGCAAACAAGUAUAACUAA